GAUACGUAACACGAUAAAUUAAUUUUUUAACAGUUGGUAUAUGUCUCCCGCGUUUACUAACGCACAGUGACGCGUUUCGUUUGUACUAUGAAUAGAUGCCGAAAUUAAGUGUUGAAAAUUGGUUAAUUUGACACUUAAAAAACGAAAAAAAAACAUUGACACAAUUAUAAUCACGUAGAGUGUGAUUAGAUUUGAAUAACGAACAAUGUCGUCGUUCGAUCUGAAUGAUCUUGGAGCACAAUUAGAAGACGUUGCUCAAAGUAAUGCUAGUGGUGUAUCUUUCGCGAAGCAAUCGCUCAAACUUGACACCGAGAAAGAUGCAUUGGAGAUAGUUAAAGCAAUAAGAGCGUGUACAAAUUUGGAAUAUUUAGACUUGGAGGGCAACACUUUAGGACCGCUUGCUGCCAAAGCUGUGGCGCAAGCACUGCAAGAAAAUGGUUCGUUAAUGAAACGAGCCCUUUGGAAAGAUAUGUUCACUGGCCGCGUAAAGACUGAAAUACCAAAAGCUCUUGAAUAUCUUGGCUCUGCAUUAUGUACUGCUGGUACACGUCUCUUUGAGCUUGAUUUGAGUGAUAAUGCUUUUGGCCCAAUUGGUAUUAAAGGACUAGCCAAUUUUUUGACUUCCAGUUCUUGUUAUACUCUUCGUGUAUUGAGACUAAAUAACAAUGGACUUGGAAUAUCUGGUGGUAAAAUGUUGGCAAAAGCAUUAUUAGAUUGUUAUGAUAAUAGUGCUCAAGGAGGAUCACCUCCCUUAGCACUACAAGUGUUUGUAGCUGGAAGAAAUAGAUUGGAAAAUGAGGGUGCAAAGGCACUUGCAUCUGUUUUCCAAAAGUUAACCAGUUUAGAGGAAGUUGCUAUGCCUCAAAAUGGUAUAUAUCAUGAAGGUAUAACGGCAAUAGCUAAUGGAUUGUCUUCUAAUCCUAAAUUGCGAAUUUUAAAUCUCAAUGAUAAUACUGUUGGACUAAAAGGAGCUCAAGCAAUUGCCAAGGCAUUGCCAAAUUUCCAAAAUUUAGAACAACUUAAUCUUGGCGAUUGUUUACUCAAAACCCAAGGUGGUGUAAUUUUGGCAGAAGCACUAGGAGUUGAAGGAGGUUAUCCGUUACUCACAGAACUUAAUUUAAGUUACAAUGAAAUUGGAACCAAGGCUGCUAAUUCUUUAGCUCUUGCUGUAGCAGACAAAGAUCAUCUUGUAACCUUUCAAUUGGAUGGAAAUUUGUUUGGUCAAACUGGUCGUACCAUUUUGCUCGAUUCGCUCACAGUUUCUGAAAGAAUUGGAUCAUUAAGUAUAUUGAGUGAUAAUAGUGACGACGAAGAAGACGACGAAGAAGACGAUGAAGACUCUAAUGACGAAGAUGAAGAAAACGUAGAGGAAAAUGAAGAAGAAAAUGAAGGAAGUGAUGAAAAAGACGAUGAAAGUGAGGACGAAAGUAAAAAAAAUAGGGACAAUAAUGAACAUGCAUUUAUAAAUAACACUACAUUAUCAAAAGUAACAGUCGAAGAGUUUCUAAAAUCACCAACAGGAGAAAAAUUAUUAUUAUUACAAGGUGACGUAGUACAAGAUUUUGUAAGUUAUGCCAAAGAAAUAUCAAAACGUAGUAAGAAUACAUCUUCGCAAUUGAAAUUCAUUGAAGAGUUUACAAGAAUAAUUAUGAAAGUAUCAGCACUCAGUACAAGUGGUUAUAUUGAUGUGAGAUUAAAAUCUCAAAAUCUUACAGAUGCUUUGUACUCCAAGUUAUGCAUUUUUGCAAUGCAAAGUAAUCAGGUUCCUACUUGGAAUAAUGCAUUGUUAGUCAAUUUAGGUUUAAUAAAAGCUGAAGAUAAAAAUAGUGGAAAAAUUGAUUGGAAUUUGGAAGGAUGUUUCAAAGCGUUAGAAAUAGUUAGUCAAAAAGAUUACUUUCUACAAGAAAUACGAACUACAUUAAUUUUCUUUUUACAAAAGCCAAUAAAAAUGAACAGAAUGAAAGUUGUAGAUUCGUUUCAACAUUCGAAAGACUCUCUUAAAGCUGCUUUAUGUCGUAUCCAAAAUACAUAAUAAUUGUCAAUUUUUUAUACAAUUGGUUUAUAGAAUAUCGAUAUAUGGGAUAUAUAUAAAUUUAUUUUUAAAUGCUUUGCAACUUGUAAAAAUACAAAUUAUAAAUUUGUGAAAAAUAAAAAUGUUGCAUUAAAUUUUUAUAAGUUUUUUUAUAUAUAAAUAAUUACAUUAUUGUGCAUAUUGUGAUUUUCUUUUUUGUCAUCGAAGAUACAAUUGUCAAGAUUUUACUAGACUUUAGUAAUGAAUAUAAAAAUUUUAGUUAAAGAUAAGAAUACAAUAUUCUUAUCAAUUUGGAAUAUGAAAAAUAGACUGAAAUUCGUAUAGAAUAAAUAACUUAUCGAUAAAAUUUAACAUCAAAUGCAUCGAAUAUGAUCAACUCUCAAGAGUUCCUAUUAUCAUAAGAAUAAGAAUUUUGAAUAAAGCUCCUAGUAAUUAGUCAAUUAUAAUAUCACGAAAUUUUCAUUCUGUUAUGGACAAUGUGGAUGCUGGAUCCCAACCAGGUUGAAACAAAUCCACUGCUAACGGUGUACAAUGCGACGACGACUGAUCCUUCAUAUACAUUGUUGC